UUAAGCACGUGUUAUGUGUUAUUUAGAUUCAGUUAGAGGUAGUUAGUGUUUAGUUACAAUUAGUUACAGAGUUUGUUAGUGGUUUAGAGAGUUUGUUAGAGUUUUCUUUUGCUCUCAGCUUCUGUAUAUAAAGAACUUUGAUCAAUGAAUAGAAUCACCGUUUCAGAAAUUAACAAAUCACUUUCUAUAUGGUAUCAGAUUAAGCUACACGCUUUCUUCCGCACUCUCUUCCUCGUUUCCACAUCGAUCUUGUGAUCGAUUGGAAUCGAUUUUGCCUCUUUUCUCUCUGAUUUAGUCUCUGCAUCUUCUCUUCGAUGCCUUCAUCCAUGGAUGAUUUCUCAGAUCCAUACUUUCUGCAUCAUUCUGAUGGCCCAGGCUUGGUUCUGGUUUCACAACCAUUGACCGGUUCAAACUACAACACCUGGAGUCGAUCUAUGCUUGUUGCUCUCUCGGUGAAGAACAAGGUUUCCUUCAUCAAUGGAUCGUUGCCCUGUCCUGCUGCUUCCGAUCCUAACUACCGUGCUUGGAAUCGCGGUAACAAUGUUGUGAUUUCUUGGAUCUUCAAUUCUGUUUCCAAAGAAAUCGCUGCCAGUAUCAUGUACUCUGGUACAGCACUGGAGAUUUGGCAGGAUUUGCGCGAGCGUUUUGCACAGAAAAAUGGCCCGCGUGUGUUUCAGCUUCGCCGAGAAUUGAUGAGUCUUCAUCAAGGAUCUGAUUCGGUGAGCGUUUACUACACGAAAUUGAAGACGAUUUAGGAUGAAUUGCUCAUAUACAAGCCAGUCGUGAAUUGCAUUUGUGGAGCGAUUCAACCGUUGCUGGUUCAUUCUGAAACCAAGCAUGUCAUGAAUUUCUUGAUGGGAUUGAACGAUUCCUUCUCCCAGGUUCGUGGAAGUCUGCUGCUUAUGGAUCCUAUUCCACCGAUCAACAAGGUUUUCUCCCUUGUUAUCCAGGAGGAGAAACAGCGAGAGGUCGGUGCUGGCAAUGGCGUCUCUGAACAUUCUUCCCAGGCUUUUGCUGCAGCUAGCUCACAGGGAGGCUCUCGUUCUUCCGAUUCCGCCGAUAAAGCCAAGAACUCCAAGAAGGAUCGUCCAAUAUGUUCUCACUGUGGAAUUCCUGGCCACACAGCUGCAAAGUGCUUCAAAUUACAUGGUUAUCCACCAGGAAUGAAGCCAAAAUCCAGCAAGUCUCAAACUACUGCAGUUGCUGGCCAAGCUUCUGGAAAUUUCCAGCAAUCAUCUGAAGGCCAGAAUGUUGUCACAACCUUAUCUCCUUAUCAGUGUACUCAAUUGAUUCAGUUGCUUACACAUCAACUUACCACAACUUCUCAGCCCUCAAAAGAUGUUCCUGAAUCCUCAUGCACCAAAUCAGGGCAACCUCACUUUGAGGAUGAUUGGGAAUGCUAAUUCUCAAAAUGGCUUGUAUUACUUAGAUACUAGGACUUUGGAUAAGAUGUCACACUUGAAUUCUGUUUUCCCUUUUACUUCUGUUGUAACUAGUAUAGAUACUAGUUCUGUUUUCCCUUCAUGUACAAAGGUAGCCAAAUGUCUAUGGCACUAUAGACUAGGCCAUUUAUCUUUUCAGUAUCAUGAUAUGUUGCCUACAACUUGUAAGAUACCUGUUUCUCUUUCACAUGAAAUAAAAUCUUGUCCUAUUUGUCCAUUGGCAAAGCAACAUAGGUUAGCUUUUCCAUCUAGUCAACAUAUUUCAAAGAGCAUUUUUGAUCUUUUGCAUAUUGAUGUGUGGGGCCCUUAUAAGACUGUUACACAUACUGGACACAAAUAUUUCUUAACUUUAGUUGAUGAUCAUAGUCGAUAUACUUGGGUUGUUCUCAUGAAGAACAAAUCAGAGGCACCACAAAUCAUUAAGCAUUUUUUUCAGUUUGUUAAAACACAAUUUAACAUAACUGUUAAGGCAAUUCGUACUGACAAUGCCAAAGAGCUUCCCUUGUCUUCUUUCCUAAGUGAAAUGGGGGCACAACAUCAAUUCUCUUGUGUAGAAACACCACAACAAAAUUCUGUUGUGGAACGGAAGCAUCAGCACUUGCUUAAUGUCACUAGAAGUCUUCUCUUCCAGUCACGGGUUCCUAUCCGGUUCUGAGGUGAAUGCUUGCAAACUGCAUGUUUUCUCAUCAAUAGAAUUCCUACUGCUAUCUUGCAAAAGGAGACACCAUAUUACAGGAUGUAUCACAACCAUCCUUUUUAUGAAUCCUUGAGGGUAUUUGGUUGUUUGUGCUACGUUUCUACAUUACCCUCCACCCGGGACAAGCUCACUCCUCGUGCAAAGGCAGCAGUGUUCAUGGGAUAUCCACAAGGUUAUAAAGGGUACAAGGUGUAUGAUCUUGAGUCCAGAACCAUGGUGAUAUCCAUUGUUCCAUUGCCUCCUCACAAGCAUUCGAUUGGGUAUAAGUGGGUGUAUAGAAUCAAGUAUAAAUCUGAUGGCACCAUAGAGAGAUACAAAGCUCGUUUGGUGGCAAAGGGUUUUACACAACAGGCUGGUCUUGAUUAUAUUGAAACAUCUCACCAGUAGCAAAGCUAACAACAGUGAGAUUGUUACUCAGCUUGGCAGCAAUUCGAGGCUGGACUCUUGCUCAGUUAGAUAUUAACAAUGCUUUUUGGCACUUUACUAGAGGAAAUCUAUAUGGAUUUGCCCCUUGGUUAUCAUAUUCAGAGGUCCACAAUUAAGGGGGAGCAGGCAGCAUCCAAGACAAAGCUAGUUUGUAAACUUCACAAGUCCAUUUAUGGCUUGAAACAAGCUUCUAGGCAAUGGUUUACAACAUUUGCAAAUGUCUUACUUCAAAUUGGUUUCUCUCAAUCUAAGUCUGAUUAUUCUCUUUUCACCAAAGGCACUGGAUCCUCUUUUAUUGCCCUCUUAGUGUAUGUUGAUAAUAUCAUCAUUGCUAGUGCAAACACUUCUCUGAUCUCAUCACUAAAGAAGGCUCUUCAAGACAGUUUCAAGCUUAAGGAUCUGGGCACUCUUCACUAUUUUCUUGGCUUGGAAAUCACAAGAUCCAAAAAGGGCAUUUUUCUGAAUCAAAGGAAAUACACUCUGUCUUUACUAGAAGACACUGGUUUUCUGGGAUCCCAACCUACGACACUUCCAAUGCAACCUCACCUCAAGUUGAAUUCCACAGAUGGAGAUCUUUUGCCUGAUAUUACUCAGUAUCGGAGACUUGUUGGUAGGCUGCUCUACUUGACUUUGUCACGUCCUGAUAUCACCUUUUGUGUUCAUAAGCUUAGCCAAUUCUUAUCCAAGCCAAGAACACCACACCUUGAUGUAGUACAUUACUUUCUGCGGUACCUGAAGGGCACACUAGGCCAAGGCAUUUUCUUAUCUUCCACAUCUUCAUUGAAGCUUCAUGCUUUUUCUGACGCUGACUGGGCCACUUGUCUCGACACACGCUGCUCCACAACAGGAUACUAUGUUUUUCUUGGUGAUUCCCUUGUGUCCUGGAAAUCUAAAAAACAGGGUACCGUGAGUAAAUCCUCAGCUGAAUCUGAGUAUCGCGCUUUGGCAGCAGUAGCAUCUGAACUUACCUGGUUGCAUUACUUGCUGAAUGAUUUUCAAGUCCAAACUGGUUCUACUGCUGUCUAUUGCGACAAUCUAGCUGCUAUUCAUAUAGCUUCUAACCCUCAAUUUCAUGAACGCACAAAGCACAUCGAACUCGAUUGCCAUUUUGUCAGAGAACAGGUUGAAGCGGGCCUAUUACGACUGGUUUCAGUUCGCACUCACCAACAACUCGCGGACAUUUUCACUAAGGCUCUGCCAUUACCCUCUUUUAGAAGUAUAUUAGGCAAGAUGGGAAUUCUCAAUAUUUACAUUCCAUCUUGAGGGGGAGUAAUACAUGUAAUUAUACACGUGUGAGUUAAAUUAAGCACGUGUUAUGUGUUAUUUAGAUUCAGUUAGAGGUAGUUAGUGUUUAGUUACAAUUAGUUACAGAGUUUGUUAGUGGUUUAGAGAGUUUGUUAGAGUUUUCUUAUGCUCUCAGCUUCUGUAUAUAAAGAACUUUGAUCAA